CGCCCGGGAUCCUCCGCAGCCAUUGGGCUGGUGGCUCCCGGGGGCCAGAGCGGCCAGAUCAGCCGCCGCCAGCCCCGAGACCACCAUUGGCUGGACUGGGCCCACGCCAUAGCUCUGAUUGGACAACUGGCGGCUCGGGCCCCGCCUCCGCACCCAAGUUCCGUUAGCAGACUUUCUGAAGUGCCCACAUAUGUGUUGUAGUCCAGUUUUUGUUGCUGUAACAGAAUACCUGAGAGUAACUUACACGGGAAAGAGGAGUCUAACAUUUCAAAGAAACCUUUUGGAAAGAACAAGCAUACUUCAAUAAAUGAAGGAGAAUAAAGAAAAUUCAAGCCCCUCAGUGACUUCAGCAAACCUGGACCACACAAAACCAUGUUGGUACUGGGAUAAGAAAGACUUGGCUCAUACACCCUCGCAACUCGAAGGACUUGAUCCAGCCACUGAGGCCCGGUACCGCCGAGAAGGGGCGCGGUUCAUCUUUGAUGUAGGCACGCGUCUGGGGCUACACUAUGACACCCUGGCAACUGGAAUAAUUUAUUUUCAUCGUUUCUAUAUGUUUCAUUCCUUCAAGCAAUUCCCAAGAUAUGUGACCGGAGCGUGUUGUCUAUUUCUGGCUGGAAAAGUGGAAGAAACGCCAAAAAAAUGCAAAGAUAUCAUCAAAACAGCUCGCAGUUUAUUAAAUGAUGUCCAGUUUGGCCAAUUUGGAGAUGACCCAAAGGAAGAAGUAAUGGUCCUGGAGAGAAUCUUACUGCAGACCAUAAAGUUCGACUUACAGGUAGAACAUCCAUACCAGUUCCUACUCAAAUAUGCAAAGCAGCUCAAAGGUGAUAAGAACAAAAUUCAGAAGUUGGUUCAAAUGGCGUGGACAUUUGUAAAUGACAGCCUCUGCACCACCUUGUCGCUGCAGUGGGAGCCGGAGAUCAUAGCGGUCGCGGUGAUGUAUCUCGCAGGGCGCUUGUGCAAGUUUGAGAUUCAGGAGUGGACUUCCAAGCCCAUGUAUAGGAGAUGGUGGGAGCAGUUUGUUCAGGAUGUCCCCGUGGACGUGCUGGAAGACAUCUGCCACCAGAUCUUGGACCUUUACUCCCAAGGAAAACAACAGAUGCCUCAUCACACCCCCCAUCAGCUGCAGCAGCCCCCGUCUCUGCAGCCCACACCGCAAGUGCCGCAAGUACAACAGUCGCAACCGUCUCAGGGCUCUGAGCCGUCGCAGCCCCAGCAGAAGGACGCCCCGCAGUCAGCGCCGCCACCGCCGCCGCCGCAGCAGCAGGCGCAGCAGCAGCAGGCACAGGCGCAGCAGCAGGCGCAGCAGCCCAAGAAGCCGUCUCCACAGCCCAGUCCCCCCCGGCAGGUUAAACGAGCCGUGGUGGUUUCUCCCAAAGAAGAGAACAAAGCCGCAGAACCACCGCCACCUAAAAUUCCCAAAAUCGAGCCUGCUCACCCGCCGUUGCCACCGGCUCACCCACCUCCAGACCGGAAGCCACCUCUUGGCACUGCCUUAGGCGAGGCUGAACCAUCAGGCCCUGUGGAUGCCAGUGACCUCCCCAAAGUCCAGAUUCCUCCACCGGCCCACCCGGCCCCUGUGCACCAGCCACCACCACUGCCACACCGUCCCCCACCCCCGCCUCCCUCCAGCUACAUGACGGGGAUGUCCACCACCAGCUCCUACAUGUCUGGAGAGGGCUACCAGAGCCUGCAGUCCAUGAUGAAGACCGAGGGCCCCUCCUACGGCGCCCUGCCGCCUGCCUAUGGCCCACCAGCUCACCUGCCCUACCACCCUCAUGUCUACCCCCCGAACCCACCCCCACCGCCUGUACCCCCUCCCCCAGCCUCCUUCCCCCCGCCCGCCAUUCCUCCCCCAACUCCUGGUUACCCCCCACCUCCACCCACAUACAACCCCAACUUCCCACCCCCACCCCCACGCCUGCCCCCCACUCACGCAGUGCCCCCUCACCCUCCUCCAGGCUUGGGCCUGCCACCAGCUAGCUACCCACCUCCCGCUGUCCCCCCUGGAGGGCAGCCGCCUGUGCCCCCACCCAUCCCUCCGCCCGGCAUGCCGCCUGUCGGGGGGCUAGGGCGAGCGGCCUGGUUGAGAUAACGUGACGCCGCCUUCUUGUGUUUUUCACCAGUUUUUCUAGCCAACCUGAAGAUUAGUUUAAGUGGGUGAGCGGCAGGGUACCUUGUGUAAUGUUAGACAGUUGCAGUCCAGAGGACAGACACACCCCCCACCAUGAAAUCGGGGUGGCCCACGCAUGCGAUGGGGACAGCGGCUUCAGUGUGGCCUGAGCAGUGCCUGCGCCAGCCCGACUGCAGGGGUCCCAGCGGGCGUCCUGCGUCCUGCCUCACCGGGCUGCUGCCUAGAGAACGCUCAGCAGCCAUAUUGGCUCCAUGAAUAGCUUCGCUGUGCAGUGAAUGUCCUAGAAAUCAGUGCCUGUUUUUCCUGGAAGCUCCGUUCUCAGUCCAGUUCCAUCUGAAGUCCAAGCUGUCACCGUGCUCCUUCCGUGACUCCCUGACACCUGAGAGGACACUCUGACUUUCAGGUCACACUGAAGGGUUUACCUUCUGGGUGGCCUUUUUCUUUUUCCUCCAAGGAGUAGGAGAGAAACAUACCUGGGAAGUAAUGUGUGUUUACAUCUACUUGCAGAUUCCCGUACACAUUGAUUUUUUUUUAAGUGUGAACAUUAACAUACUGUGAAUUCCAUCUUGGUUACAAAUAAGACUCCUUCACUCAGUUAUCCAAAUAAAAUCAGUUCUGAAACUA